AUGGACUACUUUAAAUUUGUUUCUUCAGAUACUCCAGUUGGAUAUACAAAAGCGCAGAGAGCUGUGUCGGCGGCAUUGUACUCCAUAACAAUUCCAGUAGCUUUGACAGGAAAUCUUCUUUUGAUUUUCAUUGUGACGAGGAGGCCUAAGACGAGGACGUUAACUGGGUUUCUCUUUGUAAACAUGGCUGCCGCUGACCUAUUAGUAACGUUGGUCGAUAUGCCAUCUGCGAUGGCAGUCCCUUAUACGAGCAUACAAUGGCCGCCAGGUAUUAUGGGAGACAUCACGUGCAAGGCAGUAUACUUCGGUUUCUUUGUUGCCAUAACAGCAUCUAUUUUAAGCCUUACACUCAUGUCAGUGGAUCGUUUCUUAGGAGUAGUCUAUCCGCUCCGCCGGUUUCCACGAUUUCGAAACGCACGACUCCUAAGUUUCAUACUCUGGCUAAGUUCGAUGAUCUUUAUGAUCCCAGUGGCUAUUUUGUGGAAGGUUACAGAUCAAUUUAAACCUGGGAAAUUCCAGUGCUUUGCCUCUUUUGGGGAUCUGCUCGGAGAUUACAAAAACGAUAUAACAUUUCUCUACACGUAUCUUUUCUUUCUCAAAUACUUUGAUUCCACUUUGCCUGAUAACAGUACUUUAUGGCCUCGUUUCUCGCAAACUUUGGCGGCAUAA